AUGCUGACAAAACGUGCCAUUCUCCAUGUUGUGUUAGCAAUCACCCUGACUACAGAUUUCAGCAUUUCAGCUCAGCUAGGCUCCGCCCCUAGCAACGAUGCAGCUUUUCAUGAUUUCAGUGACUCCAACUCAAAUAACCGACUGAAAAGGAGUUAUUUGUUUGACAAAAGCGAAGAAGAUCUAUUCCCAUCAAACAGUUUUCACGAAAAUGCUGAAGACGAUGCUGACAGAGGAGAUGGCUUUAAAGAUACAGAUGUAAAUAAAAGAGCGUCCAGUUUUGUUCGCAUCGGAAGAUACCCUACAAUGAGUAGGUUCGUUAGAAUUGGACGUAAUCCGGGCAGCGAACUAAACGGCAAUGAUGAAUAUGACCAAGAUGCUGUCGGAUCCAAAGAUGUUUCGGCAGAAGGAUAUCCAUUAAAUUCAGAUGUCUAUGAAGGAUUAGAAGACGAUGAUGUCAACAAGAGAGCGUCUAGCUUCGUCAGAAUCGGCAAAUCGUCAAGCCCGUUUUCUGAGGAGCCAGGAAGAUUUGCAGAAGACAUGAAAAGAUCGGAAUCUUGGAGCAGAUUUAGCAGAGCUCCUUCUAGUUUUGUACGAAUUGGAAAAGCGCCUUCUAGUUUUGUUCGAAUCGGAAAGGCUCCCUCAAGUUUCGUCCGAAUCGGCAAAUCGUUGACCUCAUUUUCCGACAAGGCAGGAAGUUCUGCAGAAGACAUGGAAAGUUUGGAAACACUAAACAGAUUUGGAAGAGCUCCUUCAAGUUUUGUCCGAAUUGGAAAAGCCCCCUCUAGUUUUGUUCGAAUCGGAAAAGCCCCUUCUAGUUUUGUACGAAUCGGAAAAUCUCCCUCUAAUUUUGUCCGAAUAGGAAAAGCCCCAUCUAGUUUUGUACGAAUCGGAAAAGCUCCUUCUAAUUUUGUCCGAAUAGGAAAAGCUCCUUCUAAUUUUGUCCGAAUAGGAAAAGCUCCUUCUAAUUUUGUCCGAAUCGGAAGAGGUCCUUCAAGCUUUGUAAGGAUCGGUAAAGCGUAUUCCGAUGCUGAAGACAAGCGCUCAAGAGGUUUUGUACGCAUCGGUAGAAGUUCUGAUCUUCAUACUGUUGACCUCCCACUGCACUACGAUGAGCUGCCUUCGGUGAUUGCCGAAGAUGAGAAAGUGAAAGACAAUCGAAGUGAUCUGUUAAAGCGUGCAUCCAGUUUUGUCAGAAUUGGAAAGUCUCAAGACGAGGACAAGAGGGCGUCAAAUUUUGUUCGCAUUGGUAAAUCUGACCACAACCAAGAUGAUGUAGGGAAACGAGCUUCCAGUUUUGUAAGGAUUGGCAAAGCUGAUCAAGCAAAAGACACUUCAACGGAACUGGAGAAGAGAGGUUCCAGCUUUGUUCGCAUUGGUAAAUCUUUACACUACGGUUCUUUUGCCUCACCAAAGACUGAAGACCAAAUAUUGUUCACGAAAAGCCAAGAAGAUGGCAACGCAGCUGACAGAGAGAAACCAAUAAACUUAGUUAACAGAGGAUCAGCAUUUGUUAGGAUCGGUAAGAUUCCUUCAUCAGCUUUCGUUCGAAUUGGAAAAAAUAAAGACCUUAUCAUUGACCCAGCUGAAUAUAAUCGGGCAAUGCUCGGUAGACAGUCCGCAUUUGUCAGAAUAGGAUAG